AUGACAAUGGAUGCUCUGCAGCUAGCAAACACUGCCUUUGCAGUUGAUAUGUUCAAAAAGCUAUGUGAGAAGGACAAAACAGCCAACAUUAUUUUUUCCCCAUUGUGCACCUCAACGUCUCUGGCUCUGGCAUACAAAGCUACAAAAGGUGAUACUGCAGAGCAGAUGAAACAGGUGCUCCAUUUACAAGAUGUCAAAGAUGUUUCUUUUGGGUUUCAAACAAUAACUUCAGAUGUUUCCAAACUCAGCUCCUUCUUUGCACUGAAAAUGGUUAAACGGCUUUUUGUAGACAAGUCUCUCAAUCCUACCACAGACUUUGUCAACUCUACAAAGAGACCUUUUCCUUCUGAACUGGAAUUAGUGGAGUUCAAAGAAAAAACUGAGGAAACCCGAGAAAAGAUCAACAAAUCCCUUUCAGAGCUGACUGAUGGAAAAAUGGAGAAUGUUUUGAAUGAGGAUAGUGUAAGUGACCAGACUCAGAUUCUUCUAGUUAAUGCAGCUUAUUUUGUUACAAACUGGAUGAAGAAGUUCCCAGAGACAGAGAUCAAAGAAUGUCCUUUUAAAGUCAACAAGACUGAAACUAAGCCAGUGCAGAUGAUGAAUCUGGAAGCUACUUUUUGCCUGGGCUAUGUAAAAGAUUUAAAUGUUGCCAUCCUUGAGCUCCCAUGCCUUAACAAACAUAUAAGCAUGCUCAUUCUCCUGCCCAAAGAGAUUGAAGAUGAGACCACUGGCUUGGAGAAGCUGGAAAAGGCACUGACCCCUGAGACAUUAUUACAGUGGACGAAUCCCAGCAUGAUGGCCAACACCAAAGUGAAUGUAUUUCUUCCAAAGUUUAGUGUGGAAGGUGACUAUGACCUGAAGCCCCUUCUGGAAAGCCUGGGAAUGACAAAUAUCUUCAAUGAAAGCGCAUCAGAUUUCUCUGAGAUGUGUGAGACAAAAGGUGUGGUUGUGUCAAAGAUCAUCCAUAAAGUCUCCUUGGAAGUCAAUGAACAAGGUGGUGACUCCCGAGAGGUACCUGGAUAUCGGAUUCUGCAGCACAAAGAUGAAUUUAAAGCUGACCAUCCAUUUAUCUUUUUGUUUAGACACAACAAAACUCGCAACGUGAUUCUUUCAGGCCGAUUCUGUUCUCCUUAA